CGGCUCGGGAGGGGAAGGCUCUGGACGUAGGCUAAUGAAAUUACUGAUGGGACAAACGAAAGUGGGCACGGGAGAGGGUUAGACAAGUUAAGCCAUGACACAUUCAGGAAAUAAGUAAAGCAGCCCGGCUGUGCCAACACCAUGGACAUCCUCGGUCUUACUCUCGAGAACACAUUGUUUUGCUUUAUUUUGUAGCGAUAUGGAGUAAAAAAUAAAAAGAAGAAAAAAAAAGAUCCGCCAUAUUCAGCCUCACCACGCCCGGAGUUCAACUGUCGGGAUAAAGGUUAUAGGCCAACCCUCCUCACUCCAAUAGUUUUUUAAGGAGCCAUGACUUUGGGUGCUGUAGGGGCCUGCUGCCUCAGCGAAGAGGCGAAGGAGGCACGAAGGAUCAACGACGAGAUCGAGAGGCAGCUCAGGCGGGACAAGAAAGACAAUCGCCGGGAGUUCAAGCUGCUUCUUCUCGGAACCGGAGAGAGCGGGAAGAGCACGUUCAUCAAGCAGAUGAGGAUCAUCCAUGGUUCAGGUUACUCAGAAGAGGACAAGAGGAGCUACACCAGGCUGGUCUACCAGAACAUCUUCACUGCCAUGCAGUCCAUGAUCCACGCAAUGGAAACGCUAAAAAUCCCUUACAAGUACGAACACAACAAGGCUCACGCUAGCACCGUCAAGGAGGUGGACGUGGAGAAGGUCACCACGUUCGCUAGCUGCUAUGUAGAAGCCAUCAAGAGUCUGUGGAGUGACCCAGGCAUCCAGGAAUGCUACGACCGGAAGAGAGAGUACCAGCUCUCAGACUCUGCAAAAUACUAUCUGAACGCACUCGCCCGCAUUUCUGAGUCCACCUACGUGCCCACCCAGCAGGACAUCCUGCGGGUGCGUGUGCCCACCACCGGCAUCUUGGAGUACCCCUUUGACCUGCAGAGCGUGGUCUUCAGGAUGGUGGAUGUGGGGGGUCAGAGGUCAGAGAGGAGGAAGUGGAUCCACUGCUUUGAGAAAGUCACCUCCAUCAUGUUCCUGGUGGCACUGAGCGAGUACGACCAGGUCCUAGUGGAGUCUGACAACGAGAAUCGAAUGGAGGAGAGCAAAGCGUUGUUCAGGACAAUAAUAACCUACCAGUGGUUUAAGGAGUCCUCUGUCAUCCUUUUUCUAAACAAGAUUGACCUCCUGGAGGAGAAAAUCAUGUUUUCUCAUCUGGUGGACUACUUCCCUGAGUACAACGGUCCUCAGAGAGAUCUCCUAGCAGGGAGGGACUAUAUCCUAAAGAUGUUUGUGGACCUGAACCCCGACAGCGAUAAGAUCAUCUACUCUCACUUCACCUGCGCCACGGAUACGGAGAACAUCCGCUUUGUGUUUGCUGCCGUCAAGGACUACAUCCUGCAGCUCAACCUGAAAGAGUACAACCUGGUCUAACCGUCUCAUACCGCCUGGUUUGAGACUUCCUACCACCCGGUUAUACGAUAUCUUACUGCCUGGUUUCAAAUCCGGAGUUGUGGAACUCUUUCCGCCUGUUAUAAAGACAUCUUACUGCCUGGCUACGAAACACCUUUCAACCUUAUGUAAUGGGCGUUUUCAACCUGUUUUGGGGAUCUUUGUUUGGCUGCUGUGAUAUCACUUGUCUCAAUGCAAUCCUGAUUCAGUAGAGCCCAGGGUCCGCUCCAGACCGACCUUCACUUCUCUGGUUAAGAACAGCAGUUACCAUGGGAAACGUAUCAUGUAGACCUUUUCAUUGAAAAGGCUGAGAUUUUCAGUGCAUUUGGAACUCCCAAUACAUCUAUCAUGUAAUUUAUUUUCUUCUUUUUUUCCUGGAAAUUAAGUAUCUUUGACUUUGGUCCUGAUCCUUACAGUUGUGCCUUCUUCUUAGUGGUGUUUGUUUCCGGGUGCAGAGAGUUGUGAAAAGCCUCUUUUGUUUUAUCGGAACACUGUUCAGAACUGAGAGUGUUUUCAUGUUCCAGAUCUUGGUCUGGUCACCCACUUGUUCUCUGGAGAAGAACCUGUAGAAGAGACUUAGUUAACUGCUAUGCAGCACUUUGAUUCACUUUUGUCAGUCGUUCAUAGUCUAUUUUUUAUAUCGAAACUACGUUUAAUGAAAAAAAAAAGAAAGAAGUUUUGUUUGUAUUUAAAUGAUUAGGAGUCGAAGGAAAAGAACGUCAUUUUCAUCACCUACAAACACUCUAGUUGGCCUACACUUCCAUGCAGGUGUUAUUUGCACAAAAAAAACACAUUUAGUUGUUAGGGUUAGUUGAUGUGUACAGUAGGCCUAUGUACGUGGGUUUUGUGUUGCCAAAUUAAAUGUACCUCUAUCAUCUGAGGGCCUCAGUGUAACCCACUCUACGGUAUGUUCCAUGUGUUCCACAUUGCACACCAACAUUCCAGUAUACCGAAUGUUUGACGGCUGUGAGACUAUUAAGGUACCAGUGACACUAGCUGGUCAUCAGUGCUAUACAGUAUGUCCAUGUAAAAGCUGCGUAAUCAUACUCAUUGUUGUUUAAGAGAAUGCUAUUGUUGUCCAGAAUAUUCUUAUCAUUCAGUCAGAUCACCUGAAGUUUUAGUUAGCUUUGUGAUCUGUGCUGUGCUGUUUCGGCAAACUAAGGGUACUGUUCAGGGACAAUCAGAACCAGCAUUAUCUGUCAUCCUCUGGUAUUGAAGAUAAUUAUGUGAAAAGGGCUGAUAAAUGUCCUCAUUUUAAAUAUACCUCCUUGCACUUUGUAAAUAGCUGAUGUCACAGUAAUAACCCUAAAUGCUUCUCAGUGUGUCACAGUUUUGUAAAGAUGACAGUGUUUGUAAAUUACAUGCUGAUAAAGAAAACUCUGGGGGCAAAACCGGUCUCAAGCAUAAUUUGGACGUCUCAGAAGUAUAAACUCAUAUGAAUCAAACAAACCUCAAAUAAUUUGAUCUAUUCCACCAUUCAGCCACCUUCUCUGUUCUGCACACAGGCUUUCAAUUCUUGCACUCUUUUGUACUUUUUUAAUGGGUACAACUAAUGGCAUAAUAUUUCAUUUCAUAUUAAUGAAAACGAAUCACUAUACGUCCAGAAAUAGUCUAUCUUCACACUACCACUUCAUAUGAAAAAGUAAGUUGCUAUGAAUGUGUUCUUAAGUGAAUGAAAGGCUAUAUUUUACAUUUGUCAAACUGUCGUUCCUUGUCUGGACCAUGUUUUGAUGAAAUAAAUAUUCCCAAAUGGCA